AAAUGUGUUCCUGUAUUUUGUGUGGUUUAUGUUGUUUUUUAAAGUCGGUGAACUUUGAACUUGUUGUUCAGACAUUAUAGUUCUUGGAAAAAUUUUACGUCGUCGCCACCAACUUCCGGCACUUUUUUUUUUUUCUCUCUUUUUUUUCUGGAUGUAUAUAUGCGUUAACCCUUCUUCUAAGCCUUUGUAGAUCCAAUUUACUACAGAAUUCCUGUUGAGGAAACCUUGUAUUUGAGAAUGGGACUCUCAAAUUCAGUUGGAAGGAAUCUUCGGAAACCAUCUGGAAGUCUCACAGGAGCAGUAGUCAAGAGGCUUAUCAAGAACAAAAAUGCUUAUUUAGAGCACAAUGCAGUGCGACGUUGCCAUCUGGAGUCCCAUCACCACAUCUUAGAGGUUGGAUUCGGUCCAGGAAUUGGUCUCAAAGCAGCCUGCGAAAUAAUCAAAGAUGGUAAAGUUUAUGGUAUUGACUACUCUAAGGAAAUGUUGGCUGAUGUAACGAAAAGUCUCCAGUCUGAGAUAGCAAGUGGACGAUUACAAGUUGUAUUUGGAGAUGCUGCAAGCCUCCCCUACUCAGAUACCCUGAUGGAUCGUAUCUUCCACUGUAACUGCUUCUACUUCUGGCCGGAACCAGCGACUGUCGCUGGUGAACUAUACAGGGUUCUUAAACCUGGUGGAUUCAUGGUCACUACGAUGAAUGUUGCGUCUGUAGCUGCAGCGGCUGAAAAGGGUUUUCUGAAAGGUACAAACUGGAAUCCAGAGCAGUACAUGGAUGUCUUAAGAAGCGCGGGGUUUCAAGAUGUUACCAUGGAGGAUUUGGUUCAUGAAGAUUCCGGGAAUGGAGGAACUACAUAUCAGGCCAUAAUGGCACAUAAGAACUGAAUGUCUUAUCAAUCAACUGUUAAAUUUUUCUUUGUUUUACCCAUACACUGAUGUGUGUAAAGCACUGUAUACAAAGCAAUCCAGACAGUCCUAGUGGUCAAUUAUCUGGGCCCAGUUUCAUGGCUCUGUUACCACCGAAUUCUGGGCUUGCAGUAACCAUUCUUUGCUUACAGUAUAAGCGCUAGCUGUGUAAGCAAAAUAUGUCUAGAAAUGUGGACUAUGGACAAACACAAGCAGAUAUUCCCUGCUAACCUUUGAAACAGCUUGAAAUAGGCGAAGAGUUCCCUGCUUCUGAUUCUUUGCUUAUGAUAAGCAGAGCCAUGAAAUUAGGCUGUGCUCUGGAAUGACAAUGGUCAUGGGUUCAAACCCCAGCCGAGUGUUAGUGCCUGUGAAUUUAUUUUCUGGAGGAAAAUACUGAGUAUGCACUGCUUUACACACAUUGUUGUAUGGGUUUAACUAACUACAUUGUGUUAAUAUUACAUUUUGGAAUAUCUCCAAUGCAAAUUUAACAUUUGUUUAGUUGCUCUUUUUUUUUCUUUUUCUUUUUUGAAAUUGUACAUAUGGCAUUUUUUAACUCAAAAAGUAGAAUGUGUACAUUGAGGAUGUGAGGGUUUUGUAAUAAGAGAUGGUGGCUCUUAACAGUUUCAACUAGAAUGAUAGAGUGCUUGUCAAACAUUUUGGAAGUGAGCAAAAAACUGUUAUUGUUUUGGGGAGUAAACAGUGUUUCCAAAAGAGAGUAUAUAUAAUGUGCCAUUUCAUAGGAUGAUCAAGUCAACGAAACUGCAAAAUAUAAGAUAUAGUGGCAAUCAAAUUCAAAAUGCAAGUUGUUGGUGUGUUUUGUUUUUUUUUCAAUUCUGGAGAUACAUGAAAUUCAAUUUGAGCAAGUUAAUCUUUAGAGCAGUGUUUCAGUUUCUACUGAAAUUUGAGUAUCUCAAAACAAUUUAAUUCAAAGUGAAGGUCUAGAUAAAAUGUGUCAAUUUGAUUGAAAAUCAGAAUCUCAGGGGAAAAAAAUUAAAGAUUAUAUUUUUUAAACGCAUAAGAUAAAUAAUAGCUCAACAAAAAAUCCUCAUAAAUGUUGCAUUCAUCUUUACAAAUAAAACUUUUCCAAAUAAAUCAAUUUUUUCAAUUUUCAUUUCAUUUUUUGUAUUUGCCACACAUAUGAAACAAUUUAAAAUGAUCUACAUGAAGAUAUUUCUGAUAAUCAGGGAACAAAGUGAGUAAAAAAAAUGUAAAUUGCAAAGUACCGAAGGACCCCACUGGACAUUAUGCCCAAAUUAUGAAACUGUUUAUGUCGAAAACAUAACUCAACAAAAGUAUGCUAUUAUAAGCAGGAAACCAGUCACAAACAUUACUUUACUUCAUAAUUCGCUGGUAUCCUUUUUCAGGUAUACAUUACAGUUUUUCUCACAGAUUUUAAUUGGUGCGGCCAAAGUGUUCCCUGCAAUUUUAGUGACCAAAUUUGUGCAUGUUGUGCUCGUUUUAAUGAGUUACUUUUUUGAACAUUAAAUCAAUUAAAAUUUAAACAUUUCAAGGACAAUUUGAACUCAUUUGGGGUAUAUUUUUGUAUUUAAUUAAUUAAGUCUUCAGUUAAAAAUUGAUAAUCUCCAGUAUUCAAAACUGUAUAAAUAUUUCUUAAAAUUGAUGUUCUGAAUUAGUGCUAAAUAUUACUGUGAUAAAUACACAACUCUGUGGGGAAAUAAAACAAAAGGAGUAAUGGAGAGUGACCAAAUUUGUGCAUGUUUGUGCUUACUUUUAUGGGGAACUUUUUGAAACAUUAAAUCAAUUAAAAUUUAAACAUUUCAAGGACAAUUUGAACUAAUUUUGGGGUAUAUUUGUUCUAUUUAAUUAAACAAGUCUUCAGUUAAAAAUUUAUAUUCUCCAGUAUUCAAAACUGUAGUUUUCCUAAAAUUGAUGUUCUGAAUUAGUGCUAAAUAUUACUGUGAAUACACAACUCUGUGGGGGAAAUAAAGCAAAAGAAGUGCAUCCAAGAUAGUUUAAUAUUUAAAUAAAGCUCUUUUUCUUCUAACCAAGUAUAUUCACAGCUUUUACCUCCAAAUGUAUGCCUUACCACAAGCUUCAAGAAAUAAUUGAGCAGUGUUUCAAUUACCUCAUUUUGCAUGGUUUUUUUUGUAUCAGAAUACAUGACAA